UCAAAUGUAGUGUCGAUGAAUUGAAGUGUGCUACAACAAUGCAUUUGUUUCGUAUAGAUUUCCUUCUUGAAAUCGCAAUAUGCUUACUGUUGUGCUGCGUACGAACACAGCAAGAAGUACUCAUCGAAGAAUCAUCGUCCAUAGAGACAUUACACGCUGGCGUAGGAUCCUCGGUUGAGCUGCCUUGUGACGUCACUCCGACCCUCCCCAACGACAGCAUGGGCCUUGUCAUCUGGUACAAGCAAGGCCACGAUACGCCGAUAUACACAUAUGACAAGCGGGAGGGUGUGACGUCACACUGGUCCGAUCCCUCGACGCUGUCCACCCGAGCGACCUUCCGCACCAACACCGAGCCGGCAGUUUUAUUACUUACCAAACUAAGAGCUGAAGAUGAUGGGCAGUACAGAUGCCGAGUUGACUUCAUCAGGUCACCCACAAAGAACACUCGGCUGAAUCUUACAAUACUUAUACCUCCCGAGAGGCUGCUGAUCCUUGACCAGGAAGGCGAUGAGAUCAAGGGCGGCGUGAUCGGCCCUUACGAUGAAAGCUCUGAUGUCAAUCUCACCUGCGUCGCUGUGGGAGGUCGUCCACCAGCAAGAGUAUCCUGGUGGAAAUCACACGCACUGCUCGCCAAUUCGGAGGCUCGAGCCACCGUCUCCUUCACACUGCGACGAGCAGACUACGGCUCUGAAGUCACUUGUCAGGCCGUGACAGACCAGUCCCUGACGCCGCUGUCUGAGACACUGACGAUCAACGUUAACCUUCGUCCGUUAUGGGUGAGAUUGUUAGGGGGUAAACGUCCCCUGGUAGCUGGACGGCGAGCCGAGCUGGUGUGUCAAGCAGUCGGCGCGCGACCACCACCGAACAUAUCCUGGUGGAAAGGUGGCGUCAGGCUUACAACUGUUAGAGGAACGACAUCUCCGGACAGAAACGUGACGAGUAGUACGCUCAGCUUCGUACCCAGCGUAGAGGAUGCGGGAAGGGUGAUCUCCUGCCGAGCCACACAGCCGGGACAACCACGCGCUGUGAGGGAGGACGGCUUCCAGCUUGAAAUACAACAUUUGCCCGUGGUCAAGUUAGUGCUUGGAGCAAAUUUGGACGCGUCGAAAGUGGUGGAGGGUUCCGACGUUUACUUGGAUUGCAUGGUGCGUGCCAAUCCGUGGCACACGCAAGUUUAUUUCACGCAUAAUGGUCAGACUGUUCGAGGUGGGGCUGGUAUAGUGGUGGCCAACCAGAGCCUCGUGCUGCAGCGCGUGUCGCGCCGGGCGGCGGGCGCGUAUGUGUGCGUCGCACGGAACGCGCUGGGCGAGGGCUCCAGCAAAGCUCUCGUGCUGGAUGUAAAGUAUAGCCCUAAAUGUAAGUCAGAUAAAUUAGUGACGAUACGAGCAGGCCGCGGAGAAACUUUGGAAAUCGACUGUGACCUCGACGCUAACCCUCGGGAACCCAUAACAUACAAAUGGUGGUUUAACAGUACGACUCAUACGAAGCAUGAGCUUAAUACGUUCAGCGCACGAGAACUAGGCAGCCUUGGUAGAUACGUAUACAUGGUUAACACUUCGACUGACUACGGAUGGGUGCAAUGUGCCGGGACCAACUCAGUUGGUCGGCAGGCGACGACUUGCUUGUUCCACAUCGUAUCAGCAGAAAAACCUUCUCCAGUAAAGAACUGUGCCGUAAGUAACGUAACGCACGAAUCUUUGCUACUCAUUUGCGAGGCUGGACAUGAUGGCGGGCUGAAGCAAGAUUUUCUACUGCAGGUAUUUGACAUGGUGACAGGCUCCCUGUUACGCAACAUGAGCAGCGAAGAACCACAUUUUGCGGUUUGGGGUCUUUCCAGCGAUGUAGACAUGACCGUACGAGCGUACAAUGGCAAGGGGCCCAGUGAGCCCUAUACUCUUUCAUCGAGCUUGUUGAAACACCCACAGCGACAAACGGCCACGUUACCAGUUCGCGUGGAAUUAACUACCAUUUUAGUCACGGUCCUGUGCACCGUAGCCGGCGUCGCAGCCCUCACAGCUGUGUCUGCUUUCGUCUUCUGCUGGAAAUACUGCAACAAAAAUAACGAUGAAAAUGAAAAGCAAAGACGAAAACAGGAUUUAAUACUGGAUACACCGCUUACGGAUUCGAAGGAAUGUGAAAGCCUUGAUAGUCUGGAUAAAAAUCCAGAUAUAAUACCAGUAGAAAGUAAAAUAAGUGAUAACUGUUCAACAAAAUCAUCCGCCACAGAUUAUAGCGCGAUAAGACCAUUACUUUCAAAGACAGAUACCGAAAAAUUUGACAUGAAUUAUGAACGCCAAUACGAGCAUAAUGAACCUUGCGGACAAUACGUCCAAGUCCGUCCAAUGGACUUCCGAGGACACCAAUAUCACGGGUUACACAUGCCCAACAUCAGCCCAAGUAUACACAGCUUUAGACCAACGUUGGGUACAAUUCCAAAUGUUGGUAACGAAUGCCACACGCCGUGUGAUAAAGUUUACGAAAACUGGUUAAAAUAUAAGAACUCUUUACCUUUAAACACGAGCGGUUUGCUACCAAUGGAGCAAUGUGUGCCGCUAGAACCUUAUCCACCAGCUUUUUACGGUUCUAUCACCAGAAACCCCCUUUGUUCAUGGCCGAAACCUGAACGGGAGCCCUUUAGAUCAGAGUCUCGUUCACUGGCGACAAAUAAUCGCGGUGCUUCGCCCCCAGUACGGGUCAACGCUGACAGCAAUAGCGCUUACUUCAGCAAGAACUUUCUAGAACGAAAUACUGGAAGCUGCACACAAUUAAAUAUGAAUCGACCGGCGAUGAGGUCUGAAGUGAGCAACGUUAAGAUUAUACUCAGUGAUUCGGAAUGCAGAUGAGGUAUAACUGACGACAGCCUAGAGACAAAGUUUUAAGGUAUUAAAAUUGACUUAGUGAAAGAUUCGACGUGAUUUUUAGUGACUCGCGUGAUGGGGCAAGUUCAUUAAUUGAUUAAUGUGUUCAAAUUUUAAGAUAAUUAUUUUAAGAUAUGAUAAAUGAUUUAUUUAUUAUCUGUAAGUGAAAC